UCCCAGAAUGGUAUAAAAAGAUAAAUAAUCAAGUUUUUGACAGAUGUCAUGUACUGUUUUACUUCUUUUAUGAAUUAUUAUUUUGUUCUUAAAAAGUUUCCUUUCUGUCUCAUUAUUGUUGAGAUCUAACUGAGGAAUAUACUGUUAUUUUUUAUUUUAAAAACUUUUAUAAGCAUUUUUUAAAAAUGUUAAUAUAAUUAUGUGUGCAUAGUUAGUGAAAAGUUUACUUUUUAAUAAUCCUGUAUUUUUACUGUUUUACUUGUACAAUAAUACAAUGAAAGUGAAAAGGUGUAAAUCCUUAUCACCUGAACCAUCAAGUAGUACAAAUACUAAACGUGCUAAACGAGAUGAAGAUGAUGUAGAAUCUGGACGCUCAAUUAAACCUAGUUUAUUACAUCUUUCUGAUGAUGUUUUGCUCAUGAUUAUUAAAUCUCUUGAUCCUUUUGAUGUAAUGAGUUUAAGCAAAUGUUGUCAUCGAUUGGAUCAAGUCACACAAGACAGAACUUUGUGGUCUGUUAUGGAUUAUCGAUCAAAGUCAAUGUCCAUGGUUGAAUUAGAAAAAUAUAUCAAAUUUUUUCAACCAUCUGUAAAAACUUUUGCUAUACGAGGAAAUUCGGAAGCAAAGCGUUAUUCUGAAUUUACUAAACACUUUCUUACGACGAUUAUGAAAAAUUGCACCCAACUUAAGGAAUUAUUAAUAGAGGAUUAUUAUAUCAAUGGAACAGAAAUACAAAUUUUAGAUUUACCAUCGAGUCUUGAAAAAUUAUCUUUAAAAGGUUGCGAUUUGUUACAAAUGGAAUUAAAGCAAUCUUACUUUUUUGGAGUACAUGAACAUAUGCCUCAUCUCACGAGCUUAAUAUUGAGCAACUGUAAGUGGUUUGCUCCUCAUUCCCUAAUGGUUAUUAGUAAAUUACCAAAACUCAAGGAACUUAGACUGGAUUCGUGUCAUAGAAUUGGAGAAUGUUUUGCUUAUACUAGUCUUGCGGCGAGAUAUGGAUUUAAAGCUUUACAAAUAUUAGAUUUACGAAAUACGAUGAUUGGAGAUAGUGAAAUUGCCUGCUUCAACUGUACGGAAACUUUAACACAUCUUUAUUUAGAAUACCCUUCUAACAUACGAAGUGCACAAAGAAAUAUUAACAGUGAUAGAGAAUCAGAACCUAAUUAUCCAGAAGAAGAAAGACCUAUGGGAAGACCACGUAUUUUUAUUCAGGUUCAUGAAGAUCGAAAUGAGGCUCAAGUUGAGGUGGUACAUGCAGAAAAUUACAAUUGGCAUGAUAUGGAACGUUAUUUAGUUACGGAUAGAACUGUUUGCUCUUUAGGUAAUCACGUGUAUGAACGCAGGAUCGUUGACAACUCCAGAGAAAAUUUACCUAUGUUUCGCAUUGAAGAAGAUACUCGAGUUUGCAACAAUCCUAAUUUAAGAAUAUUGGUAGUAAGAAAUUAUCGUCAAGUCACAGAUCGAAGUCUGCAUCAUCUAGCUGUAAGUAAGUCAAAUUUGGAAUACGUCGAUGUAACAGGUACAUCAGUAACACGGGAGGGCGUUCAAAUGUUCAAAACACAGAAGCCUGAUGUUGAAAUUGUUUCGUCCUUUGACUGUUUAUAAUUCGUCUUUCAAGAAUACUCUUUAGAAUCAAAUAAGAGGAAGUCAUUCCAUAAACAGUCACAAUAAUUGUGCUACGUGUAUGUAUUUAAAUUGUAGCUUGAAGAAACAUAUUUCUAGUAUUUACGGUGACAGUGAAAAAAGUACUUUUAUUAUAAUAAAAAGAUCACAGUAUAUCCCAUUUUUUACCUGAUCAUCGUAUUUCAAAUUAAUAAUUUUGUUGAAAUAAAUCAAAAAAUUUUUUAAAUAAAUUAAAUUUUGUUUGAAACAACUGAAAAGCGUAUUUUUAAAAAAGUAAUUCGAAUUUUUAAUCCAAAGUUUAGUUUAUCCAAAGUUGGGAUAUAUAUGAUUUUGUUUCAAAAAUUGAAAUGGCAUAGUACUGUUAAAAUAUAUCUUCUUUUCUUUUAGAUUCAAGCCUUAUAAAAUAAGUUUUUAGUAUGCAUUUUACUACGAAAAGCUGUCAAUAAAUUAAAGGCCUAAUUUCAAUUAAAGGGUAGGCAUAUCUAUACAGUACUGAACAGUUCCGUAUGUGUCAGGUUUCAAUGGUUUCUUCUUUGUCUAUAAAAUAAAAGAGUAUUAUGUAUACUAAUUUCAAAGGAACACACGGCGGUAUUAGGCCCGAGCAACAGAAACGUCUUUCUAAGGUAAAUUUUAACGCUGAAUUCGAAUCCAUACUCCGUUUUUUGGCUAAAUAUAAAGCUCUUAUGAUAAACGCAAUUUUAAUUUUUUCAUACUUUCUACAAGUUUUUUUUUACUUUCUAUAAAAAAUCAUUGUAAAAGAAAAUUUUAUAAAUAUUGUUUAAAUCCGAGAUUUUGAAAUAUUUGAAUUCAACUUCAGAUUCGUAAUUAGCAACAUUGAAAACCUCAAGUAACAAGUAUUAAACGAAAUCUGGUUUUCAAAUAAUCGUCGAUCAUAUUGGAUCCUCCAUUAUUCUAAAAUCUGCUUAAAAGAGACUUAUCAUUUUGUUUACAUAAUGACGUUGAUAAAAUGCUCGAUAGAAUGCUUAUUCAUUUGUUAAUAAAAUAUAAUUCUAAUUCGAAGUUCAGUUUAAUAAGAAGAUAGUUUGUUGUUUGUGCAAUAUGAUUCUUAUUUAAUGUUCAGAAUGAUGUCUAAAAUUGGUUUGAUAUUAAAAAAUCAUUCAAUACAUACAUGAAAUUGUAGCUUAAGAUGUCUAGUUUCAUUUAUCGUAUGGAGUUUUUGAAAAUAUAAAUAUGGACGCCCAAUAUGGCGUCUGGAAUAAAAAAUGUAAACAAAAAAAAUAUAAUUGUUGUUGUUGAAGCUUCAACAAUUAGUUGAAUUAUUCAGACAAUCCAUAUUAAGGGAAGGUUUCCAUUGCGGGAGUAAAAAAAAGAUUUUUUUAGAGUAGACAAAUAUUACAUAUAAAAAUGCCUCAAAAUGUUCCCAAAACUUUAAACUCGUUUUUC